AUGGCUCGAAUACAUGUCUUAAACGUCGCGGAGAAGCCAUCGGUCGCGUCAGCAAUCGCUGACAUUUUGAGCAAGGGGAAAAUGGAGAAGAAAAAAAGUUGCAGCAAAUAUAACCCAGUGUUUACCUUCAACUACAAGAGGGAACACGAAACGUGGUCUAUGUAUGUGACCUCCGUGACUGGGCAUUUAACGGAGCAAAAGUUUGACGACAAGUAUCGAAACUGGAUCAACACAGAUCCACAGGAGUUAUUCGAUGCAGAAAUUACUAUUUAUGUUGAAAAUGACAAGAAGAAAAUAGAAAAUAAUUUAAAAAAAUACUCCAAGUUUUGCAACUUGCUAAUUUUAUGGCUAGAUUGUGAUAGAGAAGGAGAGCAUAUCUGUUUUGAAGUGAUAAAUACCUGUUUCGUGAUGAAUAGAGAGAUAAGAAUUAAGAGGGCCCAAUUCUCAGCUGUGACAGAGAAGGACAUCCUUCAUGCAAUUAACAAUUUGAAGUACCCCAAUCGAAAUUUAGCUUAUAGUGUAGAUGUACGGAGAGAAAUUGAUCUAAGGAUGGGUUCUAUUUUUACUAGGUUCCUCACCAUUAGGUAUGUCCAUUUGAUUAAAACUGGGACAAGCAUUAUUAGUUAUGGCCCUUGCCAAUUCCCUACUUUGGGAUUUGUCGUAAAUAGAUAUAUGGACAUAAAAAAUUUCGUAAGCGAGUAUUAUUGGUCAAUCAAGAUGCAGUACUUGUACGAGGAUGGAGACAAAUCAGGUGAUGAACCAGAAUGGGGUAUCUCAAAGAAAGAAACGAAGAGGAAAAAAGAAGACACGAAUCAAAACACCAUCGUCGAUUUUACGUGGUCUAGGUUGAGGUUGUAUGAUCACCUGGCUGUGGUCCUGAUUUACGAAGACCUGCUAAAAAGUCCUCUAUGCAGGAUAACAAAUAUAUACGAAAAUCAAGUGAAGAAGUACCGCCCCCUUCCACUGAACACUCUUCAAAUGACCAAGUUGGUGUCCAAGCAUUUCCAUAUAUCCUCCAAACAGUGCAUGAACAUUGCGGAGAAGUUAUACAAUAAAGGGUUCAUUAGUUACCCAAGGACAGAAACGAAUUACUUCCCCAGCAGUAUGAAUUUACGAAGCAUUGUGGGAGAGUUGAAGAAAAGUAAAGCUUUUGGAUCCUAUGCCAAAAAAUUAUCUGAAGGAAACAAUUUUAAGGAGCCCAGAAAAGGGAAGCUAAAUGAUCAAGCACACCCACCUAUACACCCCGUUAAAAAUAUGCACAAGACAGACAAGGUAGAAGAGAAAGAAUGGAUCAUUUAUGAACUGAUCUGUAGACAUUUCUUAGCUGUAUGUAGUGAUGAUGCAAUUGGAUUUAACAGCAAAGUGGUUGCCACCAUUGGAAAGGAGGAAUUUUUUUGUAAAGGAUUAAAAAUUGUAAAAAAAAAUUACCUAGAAAUUUAUAUAUACGAAAAAUGGAAUGAUAAAAUUAUUCCACCAUUUCAAGUGAACCAAGAGUUCUAUCCCUACAGCUUGUUAAUAGAGGAAGGAAUCACACAGCCUCCCAAGUACCUCUCUGAAUGUGAUUUACUCUCCCUCAUGGAUAAGUAUGGAAUAGGGACUGAUGCGACUAUGCAUGAGCAUAUAGAAAAUAUCCAGAAAAGAAAUUACGUCUUUAAGAAUAGUAAAAAUUUGUUCGUUCCGACCAACUUGGGGAUCGCUCUCGUGUUGUCGUACAAGAAAUUUAAGGACAUCGGGGUUGACUUGACGGAGCCCUCUCUUCGCGCAAAGAUGGAAAAGGAUAUGACUCUAGUCGCGUCUGGCACUAAGGAAAAGGACGAAACGAUACGCAACUACAUAGACAUAAUGAAGUAUAUUUAUCAGGAGAUAUACAACCGGAUAGACCUUCUCGACGAGCAGAUUAAGUACUACUUACAUGGUGCCGCGGGAGUGGGGCUCUGCUAA